AAAAGCUUCUCUUCAGCCACAGUAUUCAUGAGGAUGACAGAGAGUUAUGGAUCAGAAACCGAAAAUCGUAAACAUUACGAUAGCUGGAUCAACAGUGUUGAUGGCAGACUACAUACUUUUCGCAACAAAUCAGAUUUUGUACAUUAAUGGGGUUGAUCGUUUGAACGAUUUCAAAAACAGCUAUUUUUACGGCUUGAAACCGUUGAUAUUGAAAGAUAAAUACGACACGGAUUAUUUUAAUCGUCAGCGCGAAGAGUUGAAGAAAUUUUUGACCGAAAAAGUAGUGGAAAAGGUCACUCUUAUACUUUUGGAUCAAGAGACUAGAAGAAUCUACGAAGAGUGGCAUUUUGAAAUUGAUUAUGACAAAGCGGAAACGUCAAAGGAAGUCUGGAAUAACGAGGGGAGAGGCAUAUUUGCGGAUGCGGAAGACGAGAGGAUUAUACAGAGGAAAAUUCUCUCACUUUAUCGUCAAAUUUUAGAAUCUGUUAACGUUUUACCAAUAUUGGAUUGUGAUAACUGUGCUUUUGACAUCGAGGCCAAAAUUAAGGUAAAAUUUUCGUUGGAUAUAUAUAAACAAUGGACACUGCUAAGGACCCUCAAAUUAUUGUAAAUAUUUAUUCUCAAGAAUCUUUCUGUUUGAUUGAAUCUGAGCACGUAGGUUGGAUGAACUAUGCUGAUAACUUCAGGCAAUAAUAUAUUAUAUACAUGCUGUACAAUUUUUUAAACAUGAGAUUUUUUUGUACGCAAUUUAGUACUUACGUUUUAAAGAAAAAAAAAAAAAUCAUCAUGGCGCCAUACAAACAAUUGUGUGAUUAUUUGAUUUGUGUUUACUUUUCUAUAAUUUUUUUUAAUCCUCUAUUUUCAA